UGUUGUCCGUCAUUUGGUGGAAGUUGGUGCUGACAAAGAUCAAGCGAAAAUCAACGGUGCAACUUCAUUGUUCAUUGCAGCUAGCAACGGCCAUCUUGAUGUAGUCCGUCAUUUGGUGGAAGCUGGUGCUGACAAAGAUCAAGCACAGAAUCAGGGUGCAACACCCUUGUUCAUUGCAGCUAGCAACGGCCAUCUUGAUGUAGUCCGUCAUUUGGUGGAAGUUGGUGCUGACAAAGAUCAGGCUCGGAAUACCGGUGCAACACCAUUGUUCAUUGCAGCUGAGAACGGCCACCUUGAUGUUGUCCGUCAUUUGGUGGAAGUUGGUGCUGACAAAGAUCAAGCAGUGAAUAGCGGUGCAACAUUAUUGUACAUUGCAGCUCAGAACGGCCAUCUUGAUGUUGUCCGUCAUUUGGUGGAAGUUGGUGCUGACAAAGAUCAAGCGAAAAUCAGCGGUGCAACUCCAUUGUUCAUUGCAGCUGAGAACGGCCAUCUUGAUGUUGUCCGUCAUUUGGUGGAAGUUGGUGCUGACAAAGAUCAUGCACAGAAUAGCCGUGCAAAACCAUUGUACAUUGCAGCUAAGAACGGCCAUUUUGAUGUUGUCCGCCAGUAACAGGUUGCGUAUGGGCUUGCCUAGGGCGAUCUCACAUUCAUGCCCCGAUUUUCCACUUGCAAUUUGGCAUCGGUGGUACUUUUUGAAUUUCAGUAGCUAUGUGUUCAUCAUCAAGAAACACCUGUGAUCCAUGUCUACAAUGACAGACGGCUCCGUGUACAUAAUUGAUAGCCGAUCGUCAUGUACUCAUGCAACAUGAUAUAACACUACGUGGGUAUGCAUCCCAGUUGGUACGUCUGCAAUAACCCUUAGGUAUAUAUAUCUACCUAAUUCUACAUAUAUAUGUAUAUAUCUACCAUAAAACAUAGUUUUUAUUCACUCCUUCACCGUAAACGGCCAACUGUUUGGCUUCCAGCAACGUCAGGUGAUCCCGGAGGAGAUCGGCCAGGCGGGCUGCCCCAACGCCAAGCUGGUCCCCGAUUGGUCCACGGAGCAAGUUCUGCCAUGGGCCUGUCGGGCCGAGAAGGGCAUCACCCUGCGACGAGUCUACUGUGAAAUGGAGGGUCUAAAGUGUGGCCCCAGGGCCCUCUGCGGUCGCCUGUUGGCCGAACUGAAAGCCUUCGAGAACCAAAAGAUGGAACUGCUGACGGGGGGCGAAUUGGAGUUCGUCAUGUGCUCAAAGACCGCGGAUGGAAAUUGGGAGCCGCUCUUCAGGGAACCCGAGAUCUUCACGACACUGCAGGGAUGCAAAGUCAUGGACUUCUGCUACGAGCUCGAACAUCAGAUGCUUCCAGUGGGCGUGGACAUCAUGACGAUGAACACGGAGUACGGCGAGGGCCAGGUGGAAAUCACCUUCGCUCCCCGCUUUGGCAUUGAAGCCGCUGACAUGACAGCGACUUUCAGACUGGGCACAAAGGAGAUUGCUCAGCAGAUGGGUUUGCGUGCCACGUUCAUGGCCAAACCUUUUGGCAUCAGUGGUGUGGGCAACGGUGGACAUCUGAACUUCUCCAUUUGGGCACCCAGCGGCACCUUGCGAGAAGCCGAGAAGGGCGGUGCCUCCGCGGUCUCCAAGAUGACAUCAGGGAAGACGAACGUCUUCCAUUCGCCGGAACAUGGUUUGUCCAGCACAGCCAAAGCAUUCUUGGCAGGUGUCUUGGCCCACGCACCCGCCUUGGAAGCCUUGUGUUCGCCCACGGUGCCCUGCUAUUGCCGCCACGGGAACUGGGCCCCCGACGUGGCCAACUGGGGCUACGACGACCGCUGCGCCUGUGUGCGGGUGAAAGCGGAGAAGCGCGGGCCGCCGGGCAGCUGUUACAUGGAGCUCCGCAUGCCUUCCUCAGCAGCCAAUCCCUACCUGGUCAUUGCCGGCUUGGUGGCUGCAGGCCUGGACGGCCUGCAGCGGAAGUUGGAGCUGCCACCGGAGCGACAGAGCAAGGAGGAUGGCGCCACGGUGCUCCCCAGUUCCCUUCCAGCUGCGUUGGAAGCACUGGAGGCAGAUGAGUAUCUGACAAACAAGUUGGGCAAGCGAUUCAUCCGCUGGUAUGUCGACAUCAAAAAGGCGGAGUUGAAGUUUUUGGACGAGAAACUUCACCCACCACAAGAGGCUUCAGUGGCAGCCACUGAACCUUCAGAGACCGAGAUCGGCAAAGCCUGGAGAGAGUUGUACAUGGAGUUCAUUUGAGUCAGUGAGCCAAAAGGGGCUAAGAUGGCCAGCAUCUGUUUGUUUUUGUUGAAUCUCGGACCUUGACCUAAAAUGC